UUUUAGGUGAGGGAGAGGGAGGAGGCCGGAACAGAAAGGAAAGCACACGAAGCCGGAAAUAGCUGAGUCCCGCGUGGUUGCUGUGAGAGGACGUAGAAUAAGCGCGAGCGAUGGGGCGGCCCAGCAAAACUAAGAAUCAGAAGAAAGAGCGGGCAGAAGCCCAGCAUCGGUCUCAGGAGAAGUAUGGUUCUGUGCCUCAUUCCUUUGUCUUUCACCGUGGUCGUAUUGGCAAAAACCUGCACCAGCUUAUCCUUGAUGUUCGGCGAGUGAUGGAGCCCUACACAGCCUCCAGUCUCAAGGUGCGAAAGAAAAACUCUCUGAAAGACUUUGUGACAGUGGCGGGACCCCUAGGUGUGACUCACUUCCUGGUGUUCACGAAAACCCCCACCAAUAUCAACCUUAAAUUCAUCCGUCUUCCUGGUGGACCAACGCUGACCUUCAGAGUCACUCAGUAUUCACUCAUCAAAGAUGUCGUGUCCUCCCUGAAGCGGCAUCGAAUGCACGAGCAGCAGUUCACCCACCACCCACUCCUGGUGCUCAACAACUUUGGCCAUCAGGGCAUGCACAUUAAGGUCAUGGCCACCAUGUUCCAGAACAUGUUUCCUUCCAUCAAUGUCCACAGGGUCAACCUUAAUGCCAUCAAGCGAUGUGUACUGAUCAACUACAACCCAGACACCCAGGUCCUUGAAUUCCGUCAUUAUAGCCUGAAAGUUGUGCCGGUAGGGAUAAGCAAAGGGCUGAAGAAGCUUCUUCAGGAGAAGUUCCCCAACAUGAGCCGCUUGGAGGACAUUAGUGACCUCCUGGUCAGAGACAUUAACCUCUCCGAGAGUGAAGCCGAGCAAGAUGGCAGCCACAACAUCACGGAGCUGCCCCAGGCCUACGCUGGUCGUGGAAACAUGAAGGCCCAGCAGAGUGCCGUCCGCCUCACUGAGAUUGGCCCUCGGAUGACUCUGCAGCUCAUCAAGGUGGAGGAGGGCUUAGGCCAGGGCAACGUGCUCUACCACAGCUUUAUUCACAAAACAGAGGAAGAGCUUCAGGAGGCCCUGGCCAGGAAGGAAGAGAAGCUACAACUCAAGGCUAAACGCCGCCACAAGCAGGAAGCAGAUGUGGAACGCAAGCAGGAGCAGAGACAGGCUCACAGGAAGAAGAGCCUGGAAGGGAUCAAGAGGAAGAAGAAGAAGCAGCAAGCCGAGGAAGGUGACAGUGAUGCAGAGGAUCCUGGGAUGCAGGAGGACCAGAAGGCUGAUGAGCCAUCAGAUGAUGACACUGAAUAUUAUCGACAAGAAGUGGGAGAAGAGCCUGACGAAGAUCUGUUCCCACAAAGGACUAAGAGGAAAAGAGGUCCUGGCCAAUCCAUGAAGCCCAGGAAAAAGCACAAGUGCAACCCUUCUGCUGGUGAAGAGAGUCCAGGGCCUGUAAGAACCAACUCCAAAGAGAAGCACGGGAAAUCCCCGUGGCCUAGGCGGCGGCAGCAGCAGCAGAGAGACUCACCUCGCCAGCACAAGGGGCCACUGAGGCAGCAGCAGAGGGACCCUUGGAACCCCAGAAGGCAGCACGGAGGGGCACAGCAUACGAAGCAGAAGCAGCCCUGGGCUGCAGGGCAGCACAAAGGCAAGCGGCAGCCUGGCUCAAAGCCUCCAGGCUCCCAAAAGCAGGGCCAGUCUGGACCGCGGAGGAAGCAGGUGCCCAAAAGCAAAGGGGCCUUCGGAAAGCGACAGCCUUUGGGGAAGAAAAGGCCGGCAUAAUGCCCCAGGCGUCUUUCACCUUUUGUACCAGCUGUUUACACAAUAUACGGACUCUCUCUGA